CCAGAAGGUAGACAAGCAAGGGGACAGAACUGGGUAGUCUAGGCUGGGUAAGGAGUCAAAUAAGACCAAAAUGGGUCUGGAGACUUGUGAUGUGGGAAGUGAGGACGUGAGAGAUGGAUGGCUGUAGUCAGAGGAAGCAACUCUGAAUCAUAGAAGCUGAAGUUUUUCCAGUGCUAAAAGCUACAAGCGUGCUCCCAUGGGUACUGCAGGAGAACACGGAAUGGUGAGGUCGAAAGACCUAGCAAUUGAGAAGACUGGGGAAUGAUGAGGUGUUUGUUAAAUGCAACUGACAACGAACGUUAGUAUUAAAAGAAGCUGAGCAGAGUGGAAACAAGCCUCAGCAGUUCUGCCAAAGUGCGCCGCUUUGGGGAAGUCACUGCCCUUCUCGAGAGCUGCACGAGAAGACUUUUCGCGGUUCUACACGGUAAGGAUUUUUAGGAUAAUGGCAAACGACUGGCAGACCAGCAAGAUCCCUCGCGUUGUUGGGCCUCCCCUCUCCGAGGAGGCAUCCGGAACCUUUCUGCUGUGCUUUUUGCCCGGACGUGCAGAAGCGGAGGCCGGAAGUCCUUUGCCCGGAGGUUCCGAGUUUCCUGGGCUACUGCAAUGGCGAUGAGUUUCGAGUGGCCGUGGCAGUAUCGCUUCCCGCCCUUCUUUACGUUGCAGCCGAACGUGGACACCCGGCAGAAGCAGCUGGCCGCCUGGUGCUCGCUGGUCCUGUCCUUCUGCCGCCUGCACAAACAGUCCAGCAUGACGGUGAUGGAAGCUCAGGAGAGCCCGCUCUUCAACAACGUGAAGCUACAGCGGAAGCUCCCUGUGGAAUCAAUCCAGGUUGUAUUAGAGGAACUGAGGAAGAAAGGGAACCUGGAGUGGUUGGAUAAGAACAAGUCUAGCUUCCUGAUCAUGUGGCGAAGGCCAGAAGAAUGGGGGAAACUCAUCUAUCAGUGGGUUUCUAGGAGUGGCCAGAACAACUCUGUGUUCACCCUGUAUGAACUGACCAAUGGCGAAGACACAGAGGAUGAGGAGUUCCAUGGGCUGGAUGAAGCAACCCUACUUCGGGCUCUGCAGGCCCUACAGCAGGAGCACAAGGCUGAGAUCAUCACUGUCAGCGAUGGCCGAGGCGUCAAGUUCUUCUAGCAGAGACCUGUCUCUUACUUCUUACCUCCCACCUUUCCAGGGCUUUCAAAAGGAGACAGACCCAGUGACCCUACAGACUGGAUCUGUGACUCCACCAGACUCAAAAGGGCUCCAGUCCAGGGAUGGGUUUCCCACUACCCUGUAUGUCUGUCCUUGGGGAAAGGUGAGGCUGAGGUACCAGGGAGAAAAGAUGUGCUUCUCCUUGCCCUGCCUCCUCUACCAUCCUAGACUGUCCCCGAGCCAGGGUCUGUAAACCUUUAACUUCACAUGUGUUCACACACGUAAGUACAUACACGCGCCUGCACAAGCUUUUGUCUCUCCCCCUUCCCACCCCUUUAGCUGCUAUUGCCUCACCUCUCAGGCUGGUGCUGGAUCCUUCCUAGGGGGUGAGAGAAGCCCUGGCUGCAGGCAGCCUUCCAGGCAAUAUGAAAAUAGGAGGCCCAGGAAAGGGCCUGGCAGUGAGAGGCUGGGCUGGACACUGAUUUAUGAUAUUAAAAAGCUCAACCCCA